CUGAGUACAUUACCUUAGGUACACGCCUGAGCCUGAGCCUGAGGUCUCUGAACAAGCAAACGCAACUUCAACCGCGGGACCUUUCCAGACUUUCCACCCAGAACCGCACACUGCACACUGCACACUACCUCCCACGCCCGCACUGCACCCUAACCUCGUCGUUGCACACUGCUACUGCCACUGCCACCACCACCACCAUACCACUACUUACUGAGUGACCACUUGCCUCCACCACCACCACCAACUCGUCUUUGUUUUACCAACUUCUUCUUUUCCUUCUUUCUCUUCUUCUCCCCCUCCUCCUCCUCCUCUAUUCCCGCGCGAGACGCUCGUCUGAAUUAAUGCACGUCCGGUGCAGCGAGCGCAUCGCUGUACGAGUUCAUGUCCUCGGUCGACCAGCUUCGCCAUGCUGCAACCACGGCGAAACAGGGCCAGUUAAAGUCGCUUGCGUCGUCGCAUUCCGCUGAGCUACGCGCCCUGCUGGCCGUCUACAAUACUAUCCACGACAACACCGCCCUCCAAUCGCUGCUGCACGCGACAUUUGAUGCAGAUAAGAUCACCGACGAUGAGACUGCUUUUCUGCACCAAAAUGACCUCUCCAGUGGCCGAGCCUUCGACGCGACGACGCAGCUGACCAUUCGACCUUCUCCUGCUUCCACGCCGCCCCAGCAACUCCAUGACGCUCCCAUAUCCCUACCAAAACCCCACAGUGUGACUGCUGGCCCCUCUGCCACCCGAAAUGUAACGCCCACCGCUGUUGCGCCGCCUCUAUCAGGCAUUGUGUCGGCGAAAGCAGAUGAGCAUGCGCCUUCCAUUCCAGACGACGCGACCGGAGCCCUGGAACCUCUGCCCAAUCUCAACAAGGCUGCUGCUGCUGCUUCUUCUCACCAUCCGGACCAUCUGUCAGAAGACGUACGACCCAUCGACAUCGCCCCGCCAUCACCGAAAGAAGCCGCCCAACUAUCCGAACCGACACAGCAACUCGUGGACCAACAACUGCCAUCGCAGCCUGCCAACAUCGGCGGGAUAUUGCCGCCGCAGGAAGUGCAAGAGGAAAAGUUGCGUGAGCGCGAAGCCUCCGAGCACCAUCGUCGGUCUGAGUCCGAGGCCAAGUCCACGUCGCGUCUUGCUGCUCCGCACACGGAAGUUGCUUCGUCUCCAUCGUCGACCGUUGGUGCGCAUUCUGCUGCAACGCCACAGCCUGCGCAGGAGUCGCCCGACACUUCACCAGACUCCGAGGCUGCCGUGGAAAUACCCUCGGAUCUACAGCCCACCGAGCAGCAGCUGCGCGAAACGGAACAGCACCAUCGUUUGCUGGAAGCCAAGAAAGAGAUUGCACGUCAGCAAGCACUGGGAGAUGUCUCGACGCCUGAUGAUCAGUUAAAGUGGGAGGAACGUGCCGCUGCAGCCAGGGAGGCGACGGAGAGGGCUGCUCGUGAGGAUGUUGGUGGACCAGAGCCUGAUGCUCAUACUUCGUCUCGCCAAACAGAAGCGCAGCAGGCCGUUGAGGAGAUGGAAGACGGUCAACGUGUCGUUCAGCGAACAGAGCAGCAAAAAGAAGGUGCGGAUCCCGUUGGGCAAGCUGCCGGUACCACUUCUAUGACGCCGCCAGAGACGGCAGACGAUGGCGAUACUACUGCUGUAGCGCGUCGCGGAAAGCCUCACCUUUCGAUGGACACCGUGAAGCAACAAACGAGCGCUCCCUCCAGUAGACGUACAACUCCUGUAGCGUCCGCGCCGCCUCGAAUGACGACGCGAGUUUCAUCUGGUGCAAUACGACAAAAGUCCGUCUCUGAGAUAUUGGGACAGGAUCGCGGGCGCUCACAGUCUAUCGAAAGCACACCCGUAAUUUAUAAGGAUAUGCGUUCACCGGAGCUAACUUCACCUCUGAUUCAACGAAUCCCCCCCGAGCACAGCAAUAUGCCUGUGUUACCACCCCCACUUCGGGAUUCCCCAUUGACACAAGCAGCGCGGCAGUCACGUCUUUCAGGGACUGACCGAAACUUGGGAGACAUUGAACUUGCCAUGGACCAACUCGACAGCUUGAAGGGCGCCGCCGACGACCCCGAAAAGGACUAUCUGGAGCCUUUGUUCAGAAUACAGGCACAUGAAUCGCCCAAUUCACGUACCAGAACUCUGCCGGAAUUGAUCAAGAUGGUACCCAAAGCACUGUCUACGGAGGAUCACUAUACGUCAGUGCACGAACGUCUGGACUUUAAGAUGCUGAAGAGGAUCUAUCAACUGCAGAACGCCAAUAGAUGGUCGCUUCGACAGAUGGACAAGCAAAAGGAGCCCGACCAACCAUGGACUCAUCACGACCAUAUGAUGGAGGAGAUGAAAUGGAUGCGCAAGGACUUCAAGGCUGAGCGCCAGAUGAAGAAGAGUGUAUGUGCGUGGUUGGCGCAGAGGUGUGCCGACUGGUACCAUGCCACUGCCAAUGAACGUAAAGACAUGCAAGUGAAGUUGAACACGAAGAACUCAGGCUCCCACGAAGAGGACCCCGUGCCUGAUCUUGACGCGGGAGAUUCUGCACCCGAGGACGAUGUGAGUCCACCCACGCCUCGAGAGGGCUCCCCUCUUCCCACGACGGUGGUAGUACCCCUCGAGCUCGCGGAGGCGGUGGACGAAUUGCGCAAGGCGGGAAAGCUUUCGAAAGCUCUAGCUGCGUUGCCACAGGCGGGUGCAUUGCGGCACACCCCCAGACAUCGCGUCGAGCCCUGUACAGCUGUGUCCCGAUAUGUCGAGGGGAAAGUGCUCCCUGCCGUACCUCGACCUUCACAAAAGCGGAGUCGCUACGACUACGCUGACGAAGAAGAGAUUCUGGAGGCGAACCCGCGCAGAAAGAGAUUGCGCGCAGCAGCGCAGCCUGAGCAAGAAGGCGCAGAUUGUGCUCUCUUUGACCCUAUUCACAGGCCGAUUCGUGAUCGCCUACAUUCCAAUAAUGCCUUCAGACCGCCAUCGGAAUUCCUGAUGCCGAAUACCGCUUUCUAUGAAUAUCGUUCAGGCUCACAAUGGGUAUGGGAAGACGACCAGAAACUUCGCAAGCUUGCCAAAGACUACUCCUUCAACUGGUCUCUCAUAGCGGACGAGAUGACAACGGCUACUCGAUACAAGAGCGCAGUCGAAAGACGUACGCCCUGGGAGUGCUUUGAGCGAUGGGUCGAUCUGGAAUCAUUGCCUACCGACAUGCGCAAGACGGUGUACUUCAAGACCUGGUAUGGCAGACUCGAACAGGCUCAACAGUCCUCGGAGCGGCGCUAUCAGCAGCAAGUGCAAGUCAUUCAACAACAGGCUGCGCAGAAUGGUACACCGUGCAACGUACCCAUGCGCCGCAAGACCACGCCGACUCGAGUAGAGAAGCGCCGUUCAACAAGAUACUUGUGGAUGGUCGACGGGUUCCGGAAAUUGGCCAAGAAGCGCGAAACUACAAGAUUCAAACAAGCGGAGACUGCUCGUGCCGCCGCUCAACGCAAGUCACAAAACGACGCCAAUCCACCCGUUCGCCAGGUCAAGAUGACUCCGCAAGAGUUUAGCAAAAAGCGUGCGGAUCGAGACGCCGCUCAAGCCGAGCAAGCCCGACAGGCACGCGCAAAGAUGAUUGAGGUGCACAGACAGCAAAUGGCAGCAGCUCGUGCCGCCGCGCAAAUGCAGAUUGCUGGUGGUCCACAAUCUAUGGCCCCUGGCCAUGCACGUGCGCCGGGGGCCAACAUGCCUGCUCAGCAAGCUCAGAUGCAAGCCAAUGGGCAGCAGGUUCCCAAUAUGAAUGCACAAAUGGCAGCGUCGCAGCAAGGCCGUGCAGGUUUACAGUUGUCGAAUAGAAAUGGACAUCAUCUGGCGCCUCCGCAGAUGAACGGGCCGGGUGUGCCGCAAGCACAAAUGCAGCCGCGAGCUCCCCAGAUGACACAGCACACCAAUAUGCAAGCGCAGCCUAACGGCCAGCAGAGAAGUGCUCAAUAUUCUGGCCAACAGUAUCCGGUAGUGGGCAACAACACCAACAACAACACGGCGCCAAACCAACAAGUCAGUGGCAUGACUACACAGCAACAGCUUGCAGAGAACCAUGCUCUCCUGGCAGCCUUUCGACAACAACAGCAGCAUCAACAACAACAGCAGCAGCAGCAGCAGCAACAACAACAACAACAACAGCAAGGCAGCAUGACUCACAACACGAAUCAGCAGAUCAACGGGUCUCCGAGCAUGCCACCGCCUCCGACGCCGCAGGGCGCGCCGCAGAAGCUGUCGUCAGGCCACACUCCACAGAUCUAUGCUGUCACAAAUCAAGUCCGGGCGGCGAAUCCAUCAUUGUCGGAUGAGCAGGUGAAUGUGCUAGCCAUUCAGCAACUGGCCAAACAGACUGGACAACAAGCCAGUACACAAGCCAGACAGAUUGCUAUGAAUGCCGCCUCUGGCAUACCGGCUCAGGCACAAAACGGUGUGUCCGCGCAGGCAUACUCCCAAAAGCAAGGAUCGUACAAUCAGCGCUCGAUGACGAACGGCACCAAUGGCUCCAAUGGGGUGAACGGGAUGUACUCGCAAAUGAAUGGUAGCGCCAAUGGACAACAGCAAGGAGGUUCUGGCAUCAACCCUCAAAGCAACCCGGCUUCAAGCCAGGCGCAGGAAGACUAUCGCGCGCAGCUGAUGAGGAAUCAACAGCGACAAAUGCCCCAAAUGCGGCAGAUGCAAAGCCCAAACACCAAUCAAGCACAGCUGUACAGUAGUCCCGUCGCUGCCCACGCGAGCCCACACAUUGCCGCUGUCUCUCCCGGACAGUCUCCCUAUCAAAACGUCAAUCAGAUGUCACAGGUCGCCGCAGCUAAUGGACAACGACCUUCCUCGCGCUCCAACACGCCGCAAAUGCAACGGCUGAGCUCCUCGGGAAGUGUCAACACUCUUGGAAAUGGCGGCAGCCCCGGGGCGAUGGGAAUCGCGCAGAACAGCCCGCGAAGCUUGCCUGCGUCCAUGGCUCAAUAGAAUGCAGCCCGGCGCCAGGUGGCCUUGCGUGGGGAAAGGGCUCGAGAGGUGCAUGCUUUGGGGUUGUCCUAGGCUCUUGCGACAAUGGUGAGCUUUGACUUGCAUGUUUGCGUUUGCACUCGAUACACAUGGGGCAGCGCUGCUGAGAAGGAGCAUCUGCCGAGAGUUUUUGCUUCCUGAAUGAUCGAAAUCGAAUCAUAUUCACAAAUACACAUCGUGACUGUUUGUUUCAGCUUUCAUAUAGCAUGGGCAUACUGAUGACUGCUGCAGGAUAUUCUGAUUGAUAUCAAGUGCUCUCCC